GUGUAAUUUGUGGAAUUUAUGAAAUACCUAACAUUUAAAUACGGAAAAAUUCUAGUAGACUUCAUUCUACAAGUGAUAUUGAGAAUUCAACACUUGUCGAUCGUGAAAAUUGUAUAACUAGAUUCCGAUUUCCUGAAAAACAGUGAUAGGUAGUCUAAUAAUGUGUAAUUACAGUUUUGUUUCAAUUUUCGCGUUUAUUUUGGCGUUUUACGUUUCUGUAGGAAACGCUACUAUAGAAUGUUACCAGUGUGUAAGUUAUUCUACCGAUCCACAUCCAGACUGCAUAAAUGUGAAUCGAAGAACCCCUACUGUAAAACAUUCUGCUGCUAGUUCUCAUGAACGCUGCGUAUACCAAUGGAUUCCCUUUGAAGAUGGCACAUUUUAUUUGGAGCGAUCGGCGCGAAAGGUACCUCAAGAAGAACACCUUUGUAGAAGCACACGACAGAAAUAUCCAGGAUCACAAUGCAAAAUUUGUACAAGAGAUUUAUGCAAUUCACAGUCUGGAUACCUAGGUUGAAAUCAAGAUGGAGGGUAUAGUCCACGACCGUUAUCCAGCGAAGUAAACCUUAUAACUGAAAAUGAUUGAAAAUCGUACCCAAACGAACAACCACCAUAUCAUGUAAUCACCACCAACCACCACAUCAUCACCAUCACCUCCAACCAUGUUAUCACCUACAAACACAUCACUACCAGCGAUGGAACGAAUUGAAAUUUGGAUUAAGGGUAUUCAUUUCCUAUGUUAUUAUCAGUAAGGAUUUUUAAUGAAAACUGUGAACUUUUGGCAGGGAUUGUGCAAAAACUAUUGUAUGGAUUUUUUGGGGUUUGGUUUAUUUUACUCAUUCUACAAAUAAAAAUUAAAAAAUUAUAAUAACUUUGACUAUUUCCUCGUAAAAAAUAUAACAAUAAUAUAACCAAGGAUGUCUUUCUAUCAGUGUACAGUUACAGUACAAUAAUUAUGAACAGUGUUAAAAAUGGAACCUAUUCUUGAAAAAAAAUUUAACCUAAAAUUUUGCGUGCCAAAAUAGUUUAUAAAAGCAUUUAUUUUUCACCUCUAUGAAUCCUUAUCUACAACAUAUUUCACAUUGAUCUGAGCCAAAUCUUCAAAACUGGAGUAAAAAAUUGAUUUUAAGCUGAGCUGAAAUUUCGAAAAUUCAAGAUCUCUUUAGCUUAUCACAUUUUCAUUUGACAAUUACACUUUCUGCACAGAAAUUUUCUCUUAGCCAACUGUCUUUACAAGAAAAUAGAAAUAACACUCAUAAUUCUCAUAAGGACACCUUUUUGAUAUCGCUAUCCGCGCUAUUUAUUGCACAUAUAGCGACAGAUAACCCACUAUAAGGAACUUCUAGAAUACCCCGGUAUACAAAAAAUUUAACACAAAUUGCACUAUAUAAUGACGGCGAUGAAGAAUUUCAGGAAUAGGUGCCCUGGUCCCUUGAAGAGCGUUAUAACAAGCUUUUACUGUAUUUCAUGUUGCCAGCCUACAUUUUUUAAAAAAAAAACUUUUUUUGGGGUUUACGAUAUUUCUACACACCAUGUACAUACUAGAUUUCAACAGAUAAAGUGACCACAUCCCAUGGGUGCGUUCACUGUGGCAAUCAAAAUCAAGUAGGUAUGUACAUGUUGGGUACCAAGUCCGAAAUUGUACAAUUCGGGGUUGGUACAGCCAAUCAAAGUUCGAAAUGUAGUUUUAUAACGAAUGAAUUCGAAUUACAUUAGUUGUAAUAAUAGUACCAUUAGUCCGUUCGCACAAAUUUCAAAAAUUUCCCCUCGAACAGAAAAUUUUUGAUGUUUAAUUUUUUUUCCUUCUAAGAUAUUCUGAUAAAAAAAAUGCACUCAAGAUUUCCGUCUGGAAAUCGAACUUAAUGUGGAUGAAUUCGUUAUAAUUAUGGGUCAAAAAUAGAUACAGUUUGUUUUUAAAUUAAUUUCCAGACUUUCUAGGGAAAUUGAAAAUUGCAUCGGGGGCUUAGAAUAGCUGUAAUUGGUAAAAUUUGAAUAGGAGGAGGAGGGGUUGACAAGAUUUAUAUCGAUACGUGCAAAUUUCAAAAAUUUCCUACGAACAGAGAUUUUUGAUUCUUUAAAAUUUUUUUUUUCCUUUUAAAAUACCUAUACUUUGUGAAAAAAAAACAGUCUACGUGUCCUGGAAAUGGGCUCAAAUACGAGUAGGCCCUUCAAACAGGUCGAAAAUAAAUCACAAGUUGAUUUUAAGGCUCUCAAAUUAAUUUCCACGCCUUUUACAUUGAGAAAUUUUCAGAUUCUGUAGAAAUAGAAAAUCACACUAAAGGCUCCACAAUGGUCCAAAGAAGCCGUCCAAAAUGCACUUUAGCCUUCAUAUACGCGUUCAACUGCAUGUCAGUGAUCCGUUUAACCAAUUACACGUCAAUUUUUCAAAAUCGAUUUCUGUCAGUCUAAAACACUGUAGGUACUAGGUAGGUAAGGUACGCAUAUUUUUCACAUUCUCGAUGAUGAAAUCGCCGGAAAACCGAUUUUCGAAAAAUUAUGUGUAAUUCGUCAAAAAGAGUCACUAAAAAGCACCAACUGUAUUAUUAUAGACGCUAAAGUAAAUUGUGACGAUUUUAAUGAGAUUUUUUCGAAAAUCCGGAAUUUACGAAAUAUUGGCGGUGGGUCGGUGGUUUUUAAACAGCUUGGAAUCACCUUCAGUCAACCAAGCCUGUUGAGAUUAUAACAGACUUGAAGUAAAUUUUAGGUUUGGAACUUCAUUGAGCAAAAUUUUGAGGAAAUUGCAACUUUCAAAAAUCUGCUGGAGGUUUCAGAACGGCUCAAAACAGUUUAGAACCGCUCCCAGUCGAUUUGGGCAGUCAAAAAUAGGGUAAAUGUAACAAAUUUCAGCUGUGUAGGUCAGUCUUGUAGAAUUUUGAUUUUUUUUCUUUCAUUUUUGGCAAUAUAUCGGUAUUAAGUAUAUCUAUUUGUGCAGCGGGAGCACUGGUCGAAGGUUGACUUACGACAGUUACGACGUACCCAUGAAUCAUGUAGGCUUCGUAGGUGAUUGAUUAUCCUCAAAAAAAACAUAAAUCAUUAACGUGGUCCUUCGGUGAUUGAGGGUUGCGUUUCACUUAUCAAGGCAGAGAAUUUCAAUCUUUUUUUUUUCGUGUUCAAAUGCGCUAAAGUAAAAACUUUUUGCGCAGAACGAUUAAUAUUAGUUUGUUUCAUAUAAUAAAAUAUUUUAAAUGAUAAAAACCGUAUUAUAUCUGCAUUUGUUAUAGUUAUUUCGGAAGAUGUCCAGACUGACGGUUUUAAAGACAUUUCUCAGCGAAAACUGAAUGAAAUUGGAUGAUUUUUGGAUAUGUUGUACAUGAAAGUGCCCUUGAGGCUGCUAUGUUGCCCUUUUUUUCAAAUUUGGAUUUUAAGUUGCCCUUUUUUUCAAAUUUGGAAUGAAAAUUCCAAAUUUUUAAAAAAGGGCAACAUAGCAGCCUCAAGGGCACUUUCAUGAACAACAUAUCCAAAAAUCAUCCAAUUUCAUUCAGUUUUCGCGGAGAAAUGUCUUUAAAACAGUCAUUCUGGACAUCUUCCAAAAUCACUAAACACAUGUACUUAUCUAAUGUUUUUAUUAUUUUAAAAUACUUUAUUAUAUUAAACAAACUAAUAGUAAUCGUGCUGCGCAAAAAGUUUUUACUUUAGCACUUUUGAACACGAAAAAAAAAAGAUUGAAAUUCUCUGCCUUGAUAAGUGAAACGCAACCCUCAAUCACCGAAGGACCACGUUAAGACAUUGAAAAUUUUAACUUACGAAGUACCUACCUACGAAUCACGGAGACGUGGAUUUUGAGGAAUUAUUUCAAUUCAAAGUGUACUUAAAUACAUAACAAACCGUGAAUGAGAAUACUUCAAAAAAUCGUGAUUUCUGCACGAAAACAACACAUUAUUAAACCAUUUGAUGAUAAAUUUAAGUUUAUUUUAAAAAAGUCCUCAUCACGCAAAAUUUACGUAAAUUCGCCAAUUUACACCAAAAAGUUGAAAAACAGAAUUUCUCCCAUGUAAGUAUAUGUACCUAACCAAAAAUUUUGAAUUGAAAAUUCUGAAAAAAAAAACAAACAGUAGAAUGUACCUUACCUAGUGCUAUGACGUCAUCAAUAAGAAUUAAGAAGUUUUCAAUUCUGGGGCAAUGUGGUUUUGAAAGAUUUAUGUUUCUACAUAAAGUCUCGUAAUAAAUGAUUUCUCAUCGUUUCUUUUGAUUGGUUUAUUUUACUGAACGUAGGUAUAUUGCGUUCUUUACAGUACGUUGUAAUGUAUCUCUUUGUUAAAACUGUUGCAAAAUUUUUUCAUGCUCUUGUGUAAUUAUUAUGGAAUUCAUUUUAAAAUAUUGAACUAAUGGAAAAAGUUGAGUAGGCUACUUUAUUCUACAAGUGGAAUUGAGAAUGAGAACUCAACACUCCUUGAUAGCAAAAAUCAUAUAUGUACCUAACUAACUAGAUUCAGGUUUGCUGAAAAACAGUGAUAGCAUAAGGAUGAGUAUUUACAGUUUUGUUUUAAUUUUCGCGUUUAUUUUGGCGUUUCAUGUUUCUACAGGAAACGCUAUAGAAUGUUACAAGUGUAAACACGAUACCGGAAGUCCAGAUCCAAACUGUGUAAAUGUGAAUGAAAAAACGACUAAAGAAUUCACAGAUGACCGUUUUCCCGGUAAUAAACUGGCGGGGCCUAAAUGCUUAUACACCAGGAAACCAGAGAAAGAUGGUGCAUAUGCUAUAGAACGAAAGUUGAUUAUUUUCACAUCCUGGCAUGAAAGUAAACGCCAUUGUAUACAUUUUCUAGAAGAAAAUUUAGGAGCAGAUUGUAAAAUUUGUGAUACAAAUCUCUGCAAUUCAAUGUCCGGUAGCCUUGCAGUAUCACCUCAAACCACAUCAUCACCUCCAAGUGUGUCAUCAUCAUCACCUUCAAACACAUCAUUACCAGAAAUAGAACCGAUUGAUAUCGACAUUAAUCGUAUUGGCUACUUCUGCUAUCCAAGGCGAAUCUCACCUCCAAGUGUGUCAUCAUCAUCACCUUCAAACACGUCAUUACCAGAGAUGAAACCGAUGCGUAUGGCGUAUGAGGGUAAUGACUACUUCUGCUAUCCAAGGCUAAUCUUCUUAUAUGCGUAUGCAAAUUACGAAAAACCGUAACCAAACCCCAAACAACCACCAUAUGUCAUCACCUCCAAAGUCCAACCACAUUAUCACCUACAAACACAUCAUUACCAGAGAUGGAACCGAUGGAAAUCUGGAUUAAGGGUAUUCACUACCUACUCACUACUUCUGUUGGUGUAAUCAGUAGAGGUUCUUGAUGAAAACUGUGACUGUGAACUUUGGGAAAGGAUUGUGUAAAAACUAUCCGAUGGAUUUUUGUGGGGUUUGGUUCAUUUUAUACUCAUUCUACACAUAAAAAAUUAUAACAACUUUGACUAUUCAGUAUUCACUAUACUUUCAGUAAAAAAUAUAACAAUAAUAAAACCAAAGUUCUUUUUCUAUCAGUUUACAGUAGGUACAUACAAAUUAUGAACAGUGUUUUUAAAUAACCAUAUUAGCAUUUAUGCUUUUCAAAUAAAGUCUUAUUCUAUGAACCAAA